CACAGCCUAGUUCCCUUUCCAGCUACACUGUCAGCUCUGCUUGAAGGAGGGCAUGGCCUCCAGAGAACCCAGGCUCAGUCAUGAGGAACCAUGUGUCAGUAAGGCCACUUGGGCUUUGCCAGGUGAAUGUGAAGACUUGUGGCAUUCUAAGACCCUAUUGCUGCUAUCAGUUCCCCAAGCCGCUUUCUAGAAUGACGGGGCACCUCCUCUGAAGUAUCAUUUCUACAGUAGUCCUCAUCACCUCCAGUCCACUCCUAAAGUCUCAGCACGGUCACCUGUGCCCUCCAGGAAAAGCGCAGUGUUGGAGCCGGCCGUCUCCUGAGUGCCGAUAAACUCCUUCCACCCUCCUGUAGUGCUUCCUGUCACUGUUUCAGAGUAGAAGUUGAGAGGGACGAACCUUCAAGGGGAGAACCACGUCCAUAGGCUUCAAGCCUUUGUCUUCAUAUUGCAACACAGUCACCCUCACUUCUGCCAGUUCUGUAAACACUGGGCGUCUAUAUCAGACUUCACUGGAGGAGAGACCAUGGCGAGCCCAGGGAAGGACAAUUAUCGGAUGAAGAGCUAUAAGAACAAUGCCCUAAACCCUGAAGAAAUGAGGCGAAGACGAGAGGAGGAGGGCAUUCAGCUCCGGAAGCAGAAGCGGGAGCAGCAGCUUUUUAAAAGGAGAAAUGUGGAGCCAAUUAAUGAAGAAGCUGCCAUGUUUGACAGCCUCCUCAUGGACUCGUAUGUGAGCUCUACCACUGGGGAGAGUGUGGUCACAAGGGAGAUGGUGGUGACGCUCUUCUCUGAUGACUCUGAUCUGCAGCUGGCCACCACACAGAGAUUCCGGAAACUGCUCUCCAAAGAGCCUAGUCCUCCGAUAGACGAAGUCAUCAACACUCCAGGGGUGGUGGAUCGGUUUGUGGAGUUUCUGAAGAGGAAUGAGAAUUGUACAUUACAGUUUGAAGCUGCGUGGGCUCUAACGAACAUCGCCUCUGGAACCUCUCAGCAGACCAAAAUUGUCAUUGAAGCAGGGGCCGUCCCCAUUUUUAUAGAGCUGCUUAACUCGGACUUUGAGGAUGUACAGGAGCAGGCAGUCUGGGCACUGGGAAACAUAGCUGGAGACAGCUCCGUUUGCCGAGAUUACGUCUUGAACUGUUCCAUCCUCAAUCCUUUGUUAACACUCCUUACCAAAUCCACACGGCUGACCAUGACGCGGAAUGCAGUCUGGGCCCUGUCCAACCUCUGCCGAGGGAAGAACCCACCCCCAGAGUUUGCAAAGGUGUCUCCUUGUUUGCCUGUCCUGUCCCGCCUGCUCUUCAGCAGUGACUCAGACCUGCUGGCAGAUGCUUGCUGGGCCCUCUCUUACCUGUCUGACGGCCCCAACGAGAAGAUCCAGGCGGUUAUAGACUCUGGAGUCUGCCGGAGAUUGGUAGAGCUUCUGAUGCACAACGAUUACAAAGUGGCUUCUCCCGCUCUGAGAGCUGUGGGUAACAUCGUCACUGGGGACGACAUCCAGACCCAGGUCAUUCUCAACUGUUCAGCGCUCCCUUGUCUCCUCCACUUACUGAGCAGCCCCAAGGAGUCGAUCCGGAAGGAAGCUUGCUGGACCAUUUCAAACAUCACUGCUGGCAACCGGGCUCAGAUCCAGGCUGUCAUAGAUGCAAACAUCUUCCCUGUGUUGAUUGAAAUCCUUCAGAAAGCCGAAUUUCGAACAAGGAAGGAAGCAGCCUGGGCCAUCACCAAUGCCACAUCAGGAGGGACCCCUGAGCAGAUCAGGUACCUAGUCUCACUGGGCUGCAUCAAACCUUUGUGUGACCUGCUGACCGUAAUGGACUCGAAGAUUGUACAAGUGGCCCUCAAUGGACUAGAGAACAUUCUGCGGCUUGGCGAGCAGGAGGGCAAGCGCAGUGGCUCGGGGGUCAAUCCCUACUGUGGCCUCAUCGAGGAGGCCUACGGCUUGGACAAAAUUGAGUUUCUCCAGAGCCACGAGAACCAGGAGAUCUACCAGAAGGCCUUCGACCUCAUCGAGCACUACUUCGGCGUAGAAGACGACGACAGCAGCUUGGCUCCCCAGGUGGAUGAGACGCAGCAGCAGUUCAUCUUCCAGCAGCCAGAGGCCCCCAUGGAGGGCUUCCAGCUAUAAUGUCUGCCUUGGGGAGGGGAGGGCGUGGAAGCACCACCGACCAGCGGAAGAGAGCCCUCUGGGGGGAAGCCCCUCCGUCAGCACCACACCGCUGCCCUGGAGACUGUGCUCUUGACCUGCCCCGCCCCUUCCCUGGAGGGAGCACCCUCCGGACAGACAGAACCAUCUGAGGCUCACACUUGGGUUUGUGACAAGAAGGGGACGUGUUGGGUUUUCUUCCUUACACUCUAUUUCGGCUGCACACAUGUCUUUAACCUAGGAGCCCAGGGGUAGACAAAGGAGGACUGAGGUCAUCGAUUUGCACCUUUUUUUUCUUUAAUGGUGACUUACUGCCCUUCCAUCUUCCUUCAUCCUUCCCAGUCCUCUGCCCUGAUCUGUGUAACUCUUGUCUUGGGUACUUGAGCAGAUGGAAUAUUCCAGAGGUGGGAGGUGGGGGGAGGGAGAAGUCCAAAACAAAGUGUUCCUGCUCUGACAGAAUAUUAAUCUCGUAUGCUUG